UCUCUCUCUCUCUCUCUCUCUCUCUCUCUCUCUCUCUCUCUCUCUCUCUCUCUCUCUCUCUCUCUCUCUCUCUCUCUUUCAUGCAUACUGGCUGCCCUGGGAGUCAGGUGGCUGACUGACUGGGAGCCACCGCAGCAGCAGAAGCAGCAGCACCGUUUCCCUUUUUCCUUCUGGGCCCACACGAGUCAACCAGGCAUGGAUGCUGUGACUGUGUACCAUGGCAAAAUCAGCCGGGAGACGGGGGAGAAGCUAUUGCUCGCCACGGGCCUGGAUGGAAGCUAUCUGCUAAGAGACAGCGAGAGUGUUCCUGGCGUGUACUGCCUGUGUGUUUUGUAUCAAGGUUACAUCUAUACAUAUCGAGUGUCGCAGACAGAAACAGGUUCUUGGAGUGCUGAGACAGCACCUGGGGUGCAUAAAAGAUUUUUCCGGAAAAUAAAAAAUCUCAUUUCAGCAUUUCAGAAGCCAGAUCAAGGCAUUGUAAUACCGCUGCAGUAUCCAGUUGAGAAGUCCUCAGUGAGGAGUACACAAGGGAGAAGUGAUUCUGAUGUCUGCCUGAAAGCGCCAUGAAGAAGACUAACACACCCUGUCCUUUAUUUUCAAUAAUUUAAGUAUAUGCCAAGUCUUGUAUAUUGUAGAUACUGCAGUUCAGUGAACUGUAAAUGCCUUUUAAACAGCACUCUAGUCCUGUAAUAGGAGCAUCUCUCCCAUGUCAAAGCUGAAAGUGGAUGUUGUAGAUAGCAAGUGUUUUAAAUUGAGGACUGGGAAACAGAAUCCCUUAGAGUAUUUUUACUUCCUGUAUUUACGAAUGAGAAGCAGUUUAAAGCACAAUGAAAACUUUACAAAAGAUUAAUGUCAA